AUGGCGGUCCCUCAAAGACAUACCCCUCCAAUGGAAGAGUUGCGCCAAUUCUACGUCGGCAAAAGCAUCCAUGAUGUUCCCAAGCCCGCAGUCAUACUAGACAGAGCCAGGAUCAACCGCCAUUGUCAGUCCAUGCUCAAUGCCGUUGAAACUCUCGGUCUCGGUUUUCGAGCGCAUGUGAAGACUCAUAAGACAAUAGAGGCAACACAUCUCCAAGUCGGCCAAGGAAGUGGCGAUGUCAAGCUCAUUGUAUCAACUCUAGCGGAGAUUGAGCAUCUCCUACCUCUCCUCAAAGAGUAUAGAAAUGCAGGUCGGCGUCUUGAUAUCCUCUACGGCCUUCCUUUACCCCGCUCGCAAAUCUCACGACUGGCAGCACUUGGCGCCGAGUUGGGGCAAGGGAGCAUCUCUGUGCUUAUCGAUCACCCAUCCCAGCUCGAUUCUGUCAAAACGUUCUCGCGACAUGCCAAGUUUCCCGCGAGAGUGUUCCUCAAGGUCGACACGGGGUAUCAUCGUGCAGGAUUACCGCCAACAGCUAUGAACAAGAACGGUCUCAUUGAGGUACUUGCACAGCUUGAGGCCAAUGGUGAGGCUGAGUUGCUCGGACUGUACUCCCAUAGUAGUUUAAGCUACAAGGACACAACUGCCGAGCAAGCCAUGGCGAACCUUGAAGGAGAGAUUCAGGGCUGCCUUGACGCAGUCAACGCCCAUGCUCGGCUCUUCUCCAAGGACAAAGAGCUUGUCAUCAGCGUUGGGGCAUCUCCCCAGGUAACAGCAGUUGAGAACCUUGUUACGUCACAAGGGGACUUGCCACCAGCAGCUCAGUCUCUACGCAAGUCAAUAAAAGCUCUCACAAUGGGGAAUCCUGGUGGACUUCAGACCAGGCUCGAGCUUCACGCUGGUGUAUACUCGAUCCUUGACAUGCAACAAGUAUCAACCAACUCGAGGAGAGAACUGGGAUCCUUUGAAGAGGAGAUUGCUAUUUCCAUCAUUGCUGAAGUUUGCAGUGUCUACAAUGACAAUGAGAGGUCGCAGCCUGAAGCAUUGGUUGCUGUUGGAUGUCUUGGACUUGGCCGCGAACCGUGCGCCGCAUACCCAGGUUGGGGGGUCAUCAGUCAAUCGUCUUAUAAAAAGACAUCCGAUAAUGCUAGACGUUUGAUCAUUAAUAGAAUCAGCCAGGAACACUCCAUCGCGGCAUGGGAACACGCUGACGGCGAGGAUAUGUACUCUUUGCCCCCGGUGCCGUUGGAGGUUGGACAGGAUGUCGUCAUAUUCCCGAACCAUGCUUGCGUUGCCGGAGCUUUGUAUGGAUGGUAUCUCAUCGUUGAAUCUUCGGAAGGAGAUACGACUAAGAUUGUUGACGUAUGGGUUCGAGCUAGUGGAUGGUAG